AUGGUUGCCUUCGGUUUUGCGCCGCUCUCCAUUUGGAUCCUUUACCUCGCCGCCACCAGUCUUGCAACGUCGUCAAAAACCGUCUCCUGUUUUCCGGAUGCAAUCCAUAUCGACGGCCAUAGCCAUAAAGGUCUCGACGCCCCCAGAGUAAGGGUGCCUGCGCGCCGCUCUCUUUUUGAAAAGAGGGCCCGCCACCCUUUUGUCUCCUGUUUCGCCCGUGACUUAACAGGGACCUGUUUAACGGCGUCGACAAUUUUUGCAAUGGGAACUCCACGCGCGGCAAUUUUUGCUUUAACGAUACGGCCAGUGCAGGCCUUUAGCGAUAUCGUCCGUAACGUUAGUCCUAACCACAUUUGGCUUAAUCUUUGUGGUAAAGGCCCCAGAACAUUUGAGGCAAUGAACUACUGCAACUGGUUCCUCGAAAAUUAUGUCGAAAAUUCCGAGCGACAAACUUUAUCAAUUAAAUCGGAAAACCACUCCGAACGAUCGGUAAAGCGGGAUUUAACGGUCCUACAUUUGUGGAGGACUUUUGUAACGGCGGCCGACAACACCAUUCUUUAUCCAAAAAGCCAGAUCGUUACCGAUUGUAAUCCUAGUUUGUGGACCCUGGUGUAUAUAGACGGCAAAGCGCGGCGUGGAUCGGGGCCAGUUAGCGAUAUUGUAGACUCCCCGACCGAGAGAAUCUGGCAACCGCCGCGCCUCAUCCGCUCCCACGUCACAGAUUGGAAGUCCUGGGCCUGUGGUUGA